AUGCCACUCAAACAGUCGCCGCCGAUAAAUCCGUCGACGUCACGUAGUCCUUCAUUACAGCACUGUGACUCGGAACCAAAUUUAAAAUCAACUGAAUGUGAAGCUUACAUCAACACAGCGGUUCGAAAGAGAAAAUUUUCUAAUAACUUGUCCGAUGAAUUCUCCGCCAUCCUGGAUAAGUUUACUGACAUGUUUAUGUCUCUCAAGAGUGAACAGGACUCUAAAUUAUCAAAAAUCUUAGAUUAUGUCGGUAAUAUUAAACAACAAAAUGAUGAUAUCAGGGAAUCUAUUACGUUUAUGUCUGAAAAAUAUGACACUUUAUUGUCGAGUACACAAAGUUUACAAGAUGAAAAUAAAGCAUAUCGUAAGCGUAUAGAGAUGUUGGAAGAAAAAAUUGAAGGGCUUGAAAGAUCUUCACAUUCUUCUCGCAUAGAAUUGCGUAAUGUACCUAAAAAGGACCGCGAAAGUAAAGAAGACCUACUAAAUAUUUUGGUAAAGACAGGUGAAGUGCUUGGAUCGACCUUACAGCAUUCAGAUGUCAGAGAUAUUUUUCGAAUAAAUCAAAAAAACGACGGUAAUAAAAUCAUAGUAGCCGAGUUCACCAGUAACAUUACCAAGCAAAGAUUUAUCGCUAAUUUAAAGGAAUACAAUAGGAGAAAUAAGAACAAAAAAUUGACUUCGACCGACGCAGCCAUUGCGGGCCCUCCUACUCCUAUUUUCAUCUCUGAAAAUCUUCCCCAGAAAACAAGGCGAUUGUUUUCAGUAGCCAGAAACUUCCUAAAGGCAAAUAAUUAUGCAUACUGCUGGACAUAA